CAACACUCUUCUCCGGAAUACGAGGAGCCUCAUUGAUUCUACAGGUCUCCUCGAUCGCCACCCAAGGAUCUAUGUUGCUGAGCCAUCGCUUUCAACCUUGGUCUAAAGUCAAACAGUAUAUCCUCCGGAACACCGCCACAUCUGACACCACGCCGUCCUGACACGGUGUUGAUCUUCGGGUGAGAUCACACUUCAAGGAUUAUUUAACCCCCCACACCUUCCCUCUUACUGGCCUCACUCUCUAAGAAUGCUGUCGCCAGCAACAUGAACGAAUCCAGCUCAAUUGACCCGCGAAACCUGGACGGCCAUCUGGAGGUCGUCCAGCCCCGCGCAAGGAAGCCAGGAAAUCCUCAGAUACUCCGCGCGCAGUUUGACGAUGGGGGUUUGAGACCAAAUGGCCCUUUGCAGUCGGGCUCCAACGUGUCGAGUCGGGGUUCGACACCGGUACCCCCAGAUGCCCCACCUUCCGUUCAUGCGACCUCUUCUGCGCGCAAGCAAAUUCGGGCUGAGCAGAAGCAGCGACUCUUCCCUACAGUAGAAUAUGCUGCACGAGUCUCCCAUUUCGAUCCGAAGAGCGAUUAUCGGGACUUCAGGGGAUUCUUUGUGCUCUUUUGGAUAGGCUUAGCGAUUAUGGUCAUAAGUACGAUGCUUCGAAACUUGAAAGAGACUGGUUACCCGCUAUCCAUAAGGCAAUGGGGUCUGUUCGCCGAGAAUUUUUGGGAGCUAGGACUCAGUGAUGGCGCAAUGGUCGGCAGCACGGCUUUGAUCUUACCCAUGCACAAAAUGUACAGUCGGAACGACGGGAUCUUGCGGUGGACCAAACUCGGUAUGGCUAUCCAGAGCAUAUUCCAGAUAUUUUGGCUAGCUUUUUGGGUAGAUUGGCCGUUUAUACGGAACUGGACAUGGACAGCUCAGGUGUUCUUUACUUUGCAUCUUCUCGCAAUCUUCAUGAAGAUGCAUUCAUACGCUUUCUAUAACGGACAUCUCAGCGAGACGCGACGCCGUCUAAACGACUUAGAUAACCCGGACUCUGCCUCGAAAGCAGCUGCAUACAAAUAUCCACGUCCGAAAGCGCACCUUCAAGACUCUUCGCAGGACGACCAUGUUGAAAGAGAGCGGAAAAAUGGCGAAAAUCUUCUCAAACUUCGUGAGGAUCUUGCGUACGAGCUGACGUCUCCUCUCGGUCGGGUAAGCUACCCCCAAAACCUCACAUGGGGCAACUACGUGGAUUAUAUCUUUUGUCCGACUUUAUGCUACGAGCUCGAGUAUCCUAGGACUGCUAACACUCAAUGGCUCGAGCUUUUCUACAAGACGCUGGCCGUUUUCGGCUGCAUCUUUCUAAUGACGAUUGCGAGCGAAGAAUUCGUCAUUCCAGUAUUGGAUGAGUCUGCCAUCAGGUUGCAGAGCUCUCGCAGCAUAUCUGACUUUGCCUUGAUCAUGGCGGAGACUACAAGCACACUUCUAUUUCCAUUCAUGGUCAUCUUUCUGCUUGUUUUCUUGGUAAUUUUUGAGUAUAUUCUUGGAGCUUUUGCGGAAAUAACUAAAUUCGCGGAUCGCCAAUUCUACGCAGAUUGGUGGAACAGCUGCGAUUGGCUUGAAUUCUCACGCGAGUGGAAUAUCCCAGUUCACCAUUUUUUCCGACGUCAUGUCUAUUCGGCCUCCCGUGGCCACCUUUCACGACCGGUUGCGACCGUAAUCACCUUCUUCAUUAGUGCAUUGGCACAUGAGCUCGUGAUGGGCUGUAUCACGAAGAAACUGCGCGGAUACGGCUUCUUUGCCAUGAUGCUACAAAUGCCAAUUGUCAUGGUGCAGCGGUCAAGGUUCGUCAGGGGCCGGACACUUCUCAAUAAUGUUCUUUUCUGGUGCUCUAUGAUCCUAGGGCUGUCUAUGAUGUGCGCGCUCUACGUCCUCGUAUAAACAAGUCCGCGUGCAAAGUAUUGAGUUCAUGAAGAACAUGUAUAGAAUGAUGAUAGGCUGUGUAUUGGAUUGGAGGUUGGGAUUGCAUUAGGCUCUUGAUACCCUUCUUUGCAUAUUGUGCAUUCUUAUAGAUUAUUAUACUAGCCUUUCAAAUUUUACAAGAAAUUUGUACUCCUGCAUUUGCUC